UCGCGGCGCAUUUUAUGUCGUCACCCAGUUCAGAAGGCGAGUUUUAUACACUGAGCCAGUUGUAAAUGAAUUGCGGUUUAGUGCAUUUUACGCGGCACCGUGUACACAGAAUGUGGCGCAUGUUUGGAUACAGGUGUGGUCAAAAGAUCACUGAGGACUAGUACAUUAUCAGAUGCGAGGGGUUGUGGGGACAUUUUUCUUUCAAACUGGGAAAACUGUUCACUACGAACUACCUACAAAAGACUGUGGCUACUCGGGGUUUGGCUAACCAUGGCGAGUAGACUCUCCGGCCUUUUUGGGAACAGUCGCAUCGCGGCAGGUCUGUUAGUGAACUUACUUUCGUCCAUAUGCAUCGUCUUCAUCAACAAAUGGAUUUACGUUCAUUAUGGCUUCCCGAACAUGACACUGACGUUGAUUCAUUUCGUGGUGACAUGGCUGGGACUUUAUGUAUGCCAGAAAGUGGAUAUAUUUUCUCCAAAGAGCCUGCAACCUACAAAAAUAGUCUUGCUGGCUCUAAGCUUCUGUGGAUUCGUCGUAUUCACAAACCUUUCCCUUCAAAGUAACACCAUCGGUACCUACCAACUUGCUAAAGCAAUGACAACCCCUGUUAUCAUUGUCGUUCAAACGCUGUACUAUAAGAAAACGUUUUCUACCAAGAUAAAAUUAACGGUGAUCCCCAUCACGUUGGGUGUGAUACUCAACUCCUACUAUGAUGUGAGAUUUAACCUGCUGGGAAUGAUCUUUGCAACUUUAGGGGUUCUUGUUACCUCCCUGUAUCAGGUGUGGGUGGGCGCCAAGCAACAUGAGCUGCAGGUGAACUCCAUGCAGCUGCUGUACUACCAGGCCCCCAUGUCAUCCGCCUUCCUGCUCACCCUGGUGCCGUUUUUCGAGCCCCUGUCAGGGGUCGGGGGCAUUUUUGGGCCCUGGUCUUUGCCUGCACUGGCCAUGGUGAUGACAUCUGGAGUCAUUGCUUUCCUGGUGAACCUGUCCAUCUACUGGAUCAUUGGAAACACUUCUGCAGUCACCUACAACAUGUUUGGACAUUUUAAGUUCUGCAUCACCCUGCUGGGGGGCUACAUCCUGUUCCAGGACCCCCUGUCCCUGCACCAGGGUGUGGGGAUCCUCUGCACGCUGGCGGGAAUCCUGGCCUACACCCACUUCAAGCUGGCCGAACAGGAGGAGGGCAAAAGCCGGCUCAUCCAGAGACCCUGAGCCCUGAGUACCAAAUGCAGGGAGACUGGUGAUGCACACAGGCAAGCACAGGGUAUCCAGGAAGCAAGAAACACAUCGAGCUCAACACACACACAUACAUACACACACACACACACACACACGCACACACAAACACAUACACACAAACACUUGCAUACGCACACAUACAUACGUACACAUGCAAACACAUAUACACACACACACACACGCACACACAUACAUAUACAUAUACACACACACACACACACAGAAGACUGUACGCAUGAAGGAAACUGAACAGGAUUUUUCUUAAGCGAAACAUAGGGCAUUUAGGUUUUAGAGAGUAGUUUCCUGUAAACCUAGUAGCAUUGCCCCAUAAAAUACGUGAUUAUCAAGGAAUGUUUGCUGAGUUAUUUGAGGUGGUGCAGUCACAACAAGAAGCAGCUGAGCAGGACUGUAUUUGCGUUCAGUGCAUUCCAGAUGUUAAGUAAAUUUUAUUCCUUAUUUAAUGAUGCUGUAACCCCCCCCCUCCCCCACCCACCCAUACUCUGCGCUAAAUACAUAUGUGUAUAUUUUAUAAAAUAUAUUUGUGAAAUAUAUUUUUGGAAUGUA